AUGACACUUGUGUGUCUUGGUGCAAUGGUCAUGGCCGGAAAGCCAAACAUUGCUCCAAUGGGUUCCAACAUCCUCAACGUUCAUCUCGUUGCUCAUACUCAUGAUGAUGUAGGAUGGCUCAAGACUGUUGACGAGUACUAUUAUGGUGCCAACAUGUCAAUUCAAACUGCUGGUGUUCAGUACACAUUGGACUCUGUCGUGACUGGUCUGUUGCAGAACCCAGAGCGCAGAUUUAUCUACGUCGAGAUUGCCUUCUUUAUGCGUUGGUGGAGAGAGCAGACUCCCGCCACUCAAAAGUCCGUCACUGAGUUGGUCCGCAACGGACAGCUCGAGUUCAUCAACGGAGGCUGGUGCAUGAAUGACGAGGCCACCACCUACUACGACGACAUCAUCGAUCAGAUGACCCUGGGCCACCAGUUCAUCAACGAGAACUUUGGUGUCACACCCAAGAUUGGCUGGCACAUCGAUCCGUUCGGACAUUCUAACGCUCAAUCCGCCAUCUUUGGUAACAUUGGUUUCGACGCCUUUAUCAUUGGUCGUAUGGACUACCAAGAUAUUGACUGGAGACUCCAGGACAAGCAGAUGGAGUUCAUGUGGAGAGGAUCAAGAUCCAACCCAGAGUACCAGGUGUUCACAAGUGUCUUGAGAGCUAUGUACUGCACACCAUCAGGCUUCAACUUUGAGGGUGGUGAUGACCCCAUCCAAGACGAUCCAAACUUGUUCAACGUUAACAUCCAGGAGCGUGCAGAGGCUUUCAUCGCCGUCGCUCAGGAGUACUCCACUCACUACCAGUCCAACAACGUGUUGGUUCCAAUGGGCUGUGACUUUGCCUACAUGAACGCCAACAUGUACUUUAAGAACUUGGACAAGUUGAUUGCCUACAUCAACGCCAACCCACAGUACAACAUGAACUUGCUCUACUCGACCCCAUCGAUCUACAUCGACGCCGUCAACGCCGCCAACCUCACCUGGAACGUCAAGACCGACGACUUGUUCCCAUACGCCGACGGUCCCUAUUCAUACUGGACCGGUUACUUUGUCUCACGUCCCGCCCUCAAGGGAUACGUGCGUCAGACCAACGCCCUGCUGCACGUCACCGAGCAGCUGAUGGUCACCUCCCAGAGCAGCAUUCCAAACGUCCAGUCGAUGUUCCCCCAGGUUGAGGUCCUCCGUGAGGCCCAGGGUGUCGCCCAGCACCACGACGCUGUCGCCGGUACCGAGCAACAGCACGUCGCCUACGACUAUGCCCAGCGUCUCUCCAUUGGUCAGUACUCUGCCUACUCUGUGUUGAACACCGUUGUUGGCCAGCUGCUCGCCGGAACCUCCAGCAACCCAAUCCCAUCCAUGUCAUUCUGCCCACUGCUCAACGAGUCGUCGUGCCCAGUCCUCGACUACUUGGUGUUCAACACCUCUGUUCCCGUCGUCCUGUACAACUCUCUGUCCUGGACUCGUUACGAGUACGUCAACUUGCCAGUGCCCAUCGCUCAAGUGUCUGUGUCCAACAACAACGGCGCCAUCAAGUCACAGACCACCGUCGAGCUCGACGGUUCUGCCUGGGUCACCUUCGUUGCCGAGGUCCCACCAAUGGGAUACGCCACCUACAUCAUCGCCCCAGCUCAAGCUGAGGAGACCACUGCCGCCGACGUCGCUGAGGCUGCCACACCCUCAGUCCACGACAGCCAGAUCGUUCUCCAGAACCCAUUCAUCUCGGUCCGCUUCGACGCCACCACCGGUGCCAUCGUGAGCAUCACCAAUGUCACCUCUGGCACCUACAUCAACGUCACCCAGCAGUUCAUGACCUACGCCCCAUCUGUCGGCGAUUCUGUGUCGGACCAGUGCGAUGGUGCCUACAUCUUCCGUCCAGUCAACCAGGAGCCCACCGCCUACACCACCACCAACCCAACAGUGUCUGUCGUCAACGGCCCAGAGGUGUCGACCAUCACCCGUUUCUGGAACGAGAACAUGGUCCAGAUCUUCCGUCUGUACGCCAACGCCUACUUCCUCGAGGUCGAGGAGACCGUCGGCCCAAUCGACAUCUCAGACGGCUUGGGCAAGGAGGUUGUCACUCGCUACAACACCAGCUUGAACACCAACAACACCUGGUACUCCGACUCGAACGGUAUGGAGAUGCAGCAGAGAAUCAUCAACUACCGUCCAUCGUGGAACUACACCGUCAUGCAGCCAACCUCUGGCAACUACGUGCCACUGAACGCCAUCACCUACCUGCAGGACACCAACCAGAACCUGCAGCUGACCUUCAUCACCGACCGCUCGCGCUCCUGUGCCUCCCUGGGCAACGGUGAACUCGAGAUGAUGCUGCACCGCCGUACUUUGAUGGACGACGGCCGUGGAGUCGGCGAGCCCAUGAACGAGUCCACCCAGAUCAUCACCACCACCAGAAUCGUCUUCCACCAGAUCAACAACGACGCCCAGUCCUUCUACCGUCCACUGGCAUUGGCCCACCAGCACCCACUGUUCCCCGUGUUCACCACCACCACCUACAGCUCCAACGUCUGGUCUUCCAUGUACCAGGGCACCUACAGCCCACUGAACUACGACCUGCCCCAGGGCAUCCGUCUGCUCACCCUCCAGUGGCUGGACAACAGCGACAGCGCCAUCGUGUUGCGUCUGCAGAACAUCUACGCCAUCGAUGGUCAGGACACUGUCGACACCCAGACCAUCUCUGUUGACAUCACCACCAUUUUCGCCUUCUACCAGGUCACAUCGGUCACAGAGAUGAACCUGUCGGCCACCAUGAAGUUGGCCGCCGUCAACCGUCUCAACUGGAACACUAACUCUGCCAACGUCAAGCCAGUUCAGCCAUCCCUCAACGGUGACUUCACCGUCCAGAUCAGCCCAAUGGAUGUCAGAACCUACAUCAUUACUUUGGAGUCCAACUAA